AUGACUACCAAGUCCAAGUCAAAGAGAGGCAAACAUUCUCGUCCCCUUUCUCAGAAACCCGCCGCUGUUAAACUUCGCGAACUUCGCAAAAACCGUAGCGCACAGGAGCGUCUGAUUGAAAAGAUAAACAGCCAACGCCGGAGCGCAGUGCGUCGAGCCCGGGCCAUCAUUGAAAAUACUGCUUGGUCCAUUCUCGAGGAGGCCGAGCAGAGAGCCGUUCGAGACGCCAUUGAAGCCAAGCUCCGUCAUACCUAUGACGCUGCUGCUGUCACCGGCAAUGAUAAUCUCGUCACUGCCGAGGAGGUUGACAAGUCCAUCACCAAGACAUUUGAGGAGCACGCAAAGUUCUUCGUCUUUGGGGGCGAAGACGAGCCACUGCCUUUUGAGCUAUUCGAGGCUCGGAAAUGUGCAUCGAAUAAUUGA